AAGGUCUAUGUUGCUCUGUGAUCUGUGACAGAUUAAUCCUUUUUUGGUAUUGGAUAUGCGGUUCGGAUUAUAUCCAUCGUUGACGUGGAAAAGGUUAAACUAUGGUUAUAUUUUACAUCCAAAGUAUCUGUUGCUUUAUGGCCCCUUACAUUAUGCAGUAACUAUGUUUAUCAUAAGUUGAUAUUUGACAAUGAACCAAAGUAAUAGAACCUAGGUGUUUUGGUCAGUAGAAGCAGUAAAGCAUGCCAAAGGGUUUGGAACCUCUCGUCUAUUUGUAUUACAUGAUAAGCCAAACCACCAUAAUCCUAUGUUACCUGAUCUGCAUACUGGUGAAAUUGACUAUGUGUGUAAAAGAACAAGGAAAACCGCUCUCCGAGUAAAUAGCCCCACCUCGUAUCCCUGUCAUUUAAAUAUAUACAUAGCUCUAGCGUGAGCCAGUUCAUGCCUGAACUGAACCCCUUCUAUUCUAUUCGACAUAGUCCCACAGUAAGCUCAAUAUGGCUUAUGUUGUGGGACUAGACGACGUUAUACUUAAUAGAUAUAGAUACAUAGAAAACAUCUAUAACUCAGGAACAAAUAUAUCUGAUGAACACAAGUAAAUGCCGUCACCAGGAUUUGAACCCGGAACCUCCUGCUUCCUAGGCAUGGUCACUAACAACUAGGCUAGGAGGCCAUUAAAGGAUUAACCUUUUUUAUAAUCCUUAGCACCAAUGAUAUUAAUCAGUCCAAUACGUCAACCCGAGCGUCAAUUUUUUCAUGACAUUAGUCAAAAUGACGUUUUAGUAGCUAUUAUUUUGAGCAUCAUAAUCUCUGAAAUCUUGCUGGAAAAGAUGGCACAGAAAUCGUACCAGGCCGCGUUUAAGCGCGUAAGACCGUUGAUGUCAACGGACUGCUUCGAAGCCCACCGACGAGUCAUUUCUCUGUACAAAGCCGUUUAUCGCUACAUCCCCUGGAUAGUGAAAUAUUACGACAUUCCUAAAAAUGAAAACGACGUCCGCUUGAAAGUACGAGAAUUGUUCUACAAGAACGCUUGCGUCACAGACGUUCGAGUUAUUGAUCUACUAGUUAUCAAGGGCUGGAUGGAAUUUAUGGAACUGAGACACAAUUGGCAAAUGAAGGGCCGCCUCUUCGCCUACUGGAACCCUACCAUAGAACCGAAACCUUGCGACUUUCUCAACAAGUUCUUGGCCGGAAUAGAAACUUAAGAUUUUUUAACUUUCUUUUGUUAACUUGGGGAGUUUCAUUUCUGUUCGUCUUCGUACCUUGUCACAGUGACAUUAGUCUUUUCCAAACUUGAAGGGUAGGCUGAUAUAUGUCAAAAAGGGUUGUGACAAUGCAAAUUAGAAACAUUUUUUUACGAUACUCGAUUAAAUUUGUAAAGGCCAUAUAAUUGAUUCUAUUGGUGAUGAUUUUUAUAAGGAAACAUACCUGGCAACAAUUUGACACGACCGGAAUAGAUUCGGUCAAUAAGUAGAGUCAAACUCUAUUGCAAAUUAGUUCCGUUUUACAAAAUGAAACUUAACGAUAUUAAAAUUAAUCUUUUUAUUUUUAUAACAUAAUAUUAUAUAUUUUGGUGAUUUGUGUCUAUUAUAAUGAGAUAUUUUAAACUUCGAAGAUAUGUAUUUUUUGUGUACGUCAAUGGCAUGGAACGAAAAAAGUCACCCUACCCUUCGCGUUUGAAAAAGACUAUAAUGUCCCCUAGAAGCUUUCAUAUUAAUCGUUACUGCGACAGACUGACUAAAGCACCAAUUACAUCCACACUUCCCGAUAUCGGGCCCGAAAUCAGUCCCGCUUUCGAGCCUGAUAAUCGCUUUCCGUUUCACGGAAUGCCUGAUAUCAGGAGGCCUACCGCAAAAAUCGAAGUUCGUCAAUUGCGGGCAUUUUUCUCUGUCACGCUAAUUACGUCUUAGUAAGAGUAAAAGAGAAAGAUCCCCGCAAUUUGCGAAUUUCGAUUUUCCCGGUAGGCCCCCUGGCCCGAGCAAGAAUAUUUUUCCUUUUCACCAAAUAUCAGCACAUCGUUAACAAUAUUUGAAAUGUAAAAAAAUACUUUGUCUCUAAUUGCCAAAAAUGUUCAAUGUUAGAUAUUUUUGCAUAUAAACCAUUUUUUAACAUUCGAAUAUUAUAAAAAAUUAUGUGCUGAUAUUUGGUGAAACGGAAAAAUAUCCUUGCUCGGGCCUGAUAUCUGAUAUGGCACUAGAGGCCUUGUGCUACGAAGUAAGACAGAAAUCAAAAUCCUUUACUGUACUUUGAAAUGAGAAACAGCUUUGACAAUAAGAA